UCGGCUUAAGCCACGUGGUUUAUUACGUAAGGCUCAACUACCGUUUACUCCCGGUGCCGCGGCGCUUCCAAAAGUCGGCGACGAGGAAGGAGGAGCACCGAAGGGACCGUAAACCCACAUCUCGAGCACCACUCUCGACCCCAACACACCCAACAAAAUGUCGCUCAGACCAGGACUGCUGGCAAGCACAUCACGGCUAGUCAACCCCUUGACGGCUCCCCGCGCUGGUGCCGCGGCGGCACACUUUGCCCGCGCCGCCAGCAGCCAGGCCACGAACAAGCCUGCUACCCACAAGUCCAAGGCCAAGGCCAAGGGCGCGUCGGUCCAGGAUGCCGACAAGCAGCUCAAGGAGCUCGAGCGCGCCAAGCGCCGCAUGCCGCCUGGUGUCGAGUUGGACAGUGCCAUCCGCGGCGUGAUUAUGGAGCCUUACCUCGACGUCAAGUACAACCCGCAGUGGCUCUUCAAGAAGGGCGCUCGUGGCUUCCUCUGGAACCGUGUUCAGCGGCACUUUACGUCUGCCAAGACCGCAAACGACGCGACAGAGAACGGCGUCUUCCCUCCCGAGGGCCCGCUGACCUGGGGCAAGCGCAUUGCCGGGUGGUUCCGUUUCAGGCUCAACAGCUUUGCGCUUCCCAUUGUCCCGAUCCUCGAGAAGGCCUACUACGACUACUACCGCGCGCAGGCGAGCGGCGACGUGAUCGCCGUGCGCCAGCUGUCGACGGGCGCGGGCGAGGACCGCGCCGUCAAGGUAGCCCAGACGAUCCGGAACGGCAAGUGGACGCUCGUCAAGGUCCUCUCCCCGCCGCGCGUGCGAUGGAUCCGCCGCUCCCCCGUCGACCUGCACGGCAAGCUCACCAUCACGCAGGUGGCCGUCGAGUUUGACACGGAGCAGUCGCUCACGUCGGGCCGCCCGCCAAAGGUCAAGACGGCGCGCGUGCACGAGACGGUCGUGUUUGAGCGCAAGGAGGUCCCGGGCGAGACCUGGCGCUUCAAGGACACGCAGGAGGAGCAGCUCCCAGAGUACAUCUCUGGAGAACCCAACACGCGCUACUAGACGCGGUGUGCGCGCGCGCGUAAUGUAGAUUAGGUAUACCUUGCACAUGCUACCACUCAUCAUUGGGCUUGCUGCGUGUGUCAUCUCGCAGGCUAUGC